CAAGUGUUAGCCCAAAAAAUAAAAGAAAAUGAAGGGGUUCGUACCUUAGCACUAAUAUCGUUUUAGGUGAGUUACAUUUCAAUUGCUUGAUUGUUGUUCCCCGUUAAUCGUUCCGAGCUUAUAGGAUCCUUUCCCGGUGACCUCGAGAAUUUGGUAUGGUCCUUCCCAGUUUGGACCCAACUUUCCGUCGUUCAAGUUUCGGGUGUUUAAUGUGACCUUCCUUAGUACUAAGUCCCCAAUAUUGAAAUAUCGAAGGUUGUCUCUUUGAUUAUAAUACCUCUCGAUCCGUUGCUUUUGAGCAGCCAAUCGAACAAGGGCUGUUUCACGCCUUUAAUCCAAUAUCUCCAGGCUCAUAUUCAUGGCCUCUUUCAUGCGUUCUUGUGAUAGGAGAUCAAAAGCAAUUAAAGAGAAUACUUUGUGUUCAUUCAAUGAAGCUGCUAAAUUCAACGUCGACUUCAUCGAAUUUGAUGUUCAGGUAACAAGAGAUGGCCAUCCAGUUAUUUUCCAUGAUAUCUUCAUUCUUACACAAGAAGAGGGAAAGUUGAUUGAGAAAAGAGUAACAGCUGGGUAUUCUAUCAGAUUCUACUUCAAUUGUUGCGAAGCCACUGGGAUUCGAACAUUGAGUCCUUGGGUGAAAGCUUGAACAACCCAAUCAUCAACGACCGGGUCCAUCCGUUUCAUUUGGAAUCGAGACACAAAUUCUCUGGGCAUUUCAUUAUCCUUCUUACGUUAAAAAGGUCCGAGUUUCUGGUUUCAACUUGGAUGGCCCCGGCGUGUGCCUUUACGAAAGAAUCUGCAAGCAUAGCAAAUAAGUCAAUAGAAUUAUGUGGUAAAUUGUAGUACCAUAUCAUAGCUCCCUUUGAUAAAGUCUCUUCGAAUUUCUUUAGAAAGACAAAUUUGAUCUCG